AUGGUCAGUUGGCACCGGAGCCAACCUCUGGAUGAGACAGAUCCUUUCGAAAAUGAAUCUCUCGAUUGGACACCUUCAGAGCUGGCACGUGAAGAGCGCCGACUGAUUGAUGAACGCUCUGAUGGGACUCCUUCAGAGGUCGAUCCUAGGGAACCUACUGAGGUAGCAGCCCGUUGGCGAUGCUUGGUUUGUUGUUCUGCAGCUUGGAGCUGGGACUAUGAGAUGGGUUUCUAUAAGUGCAGCCAGUGUGGAAGCUGUGAUUUCUAUGACGAAAACCGGCCGACCAAGCUGGAAACACAAUCAGGCACUUGGAUGUAUGUCCCUCACAGUCCAAGUCCAGCGGGCAGUGGCGACUGUUCGGGUGACGCUGGGCGUGACAUUUCCGCUCAAGGCUCCCCUAUGUCUGCUGGCGAGGGCUUAGGUCAGAGUGGCCCCAAGACGGCUCGUGGCUUUCCUCCAGAUGGCAAUUCUGGUGGAAGAUCCGAGACGCCUGAGAGUGAGGCACCAACCUAUGACCCGGUCGUCAAUCCAGAUGGACCUUUUCAUCAGGCAAGACGCCGACGCAGGCGAGCAGGUGGUUCAAUGAGUGGAGCUAGCGAGACACUACAACGACCUCACCUUCCUGAUGCUGCGGUUCAACGAGAUGAUCCUCCUAACCGAGCCCAACGCAAUGAUGACCGAGAAGACAUGCUGUCAGUGAUGCGACAGCUGUUGGACGAGAAGAAGCAUUUCAACACAGGCAGCGAGGUCUCAUGGAACAGUUUGCGGGGUCCCGCUCCUGGAGUUCGAUGGAGAGGUGGCGCUGCACCACUUCCACCAAAGUGGACAUACCAGCAGUCGGACCUCAGAGCUUUCGCCAAGUUUGAGCGCAAAGUCCAGACUUGGGUGCUGCGGGCGAAGAGCUUCAUGACAGCUUCAGAGAUGGGAUUGGCUUUGUAUACCUCACUACAGGGUGAGGCAGAAGCAGAAGCCGAACAUUUGGAUUUGAAAAGAAUCAACGACAAGAAUGGUGUCAACUACAUCCUUGAGGAGCUGAGGGGGCCUUUGCAGCAGAAAGUUCUGUUUCAGAAACGCAAGCUUCUUGCAGACUUCGAAGGCGUUAGACGCCAUGGCAACGAGACUGUGCGACAGUACGUCAACAGGUACUGUCGCAUUGAACGAGACCUUCAGACUGUUGGCAUUGAGACCAGCACUAUGUACGACAGUGAGGCCCGAGGCAACAGAAUCAUGGAGCGAUGCCAGUUAUCACCUGACUUGCAAAGAUUGGUGAUGAUCGGGGCCGGAAACAGCCUUGACUAUGCCAAGAUCACCGAAUCCAUGUUUUUGCAGUUCCCGGACUUCAAGCCGACACCACCGAUUUGGAUCACUGGCGGGAUUCGACAAGCACAUCAACAGGGAUCCGCUUCAUCGUCUUCAAGCUCAUCCUCAUCCAAAGGCUCUACGGGGUCAUUUAGGUCUUCGUCGACAUCAGCUUCAUCUGGAAAGGGCCGUUUCACAGGAAAAGGGAACACGCCAAAGACGUAUCCCUACGGCAAGGGCCCUCCUCGUAGCGUCUUCCAAACGGAACACGAAGCUGGAGAAGAUGAAAAGCCAGAUGAUGCUGAAGAUGAUGAAUUUGAAGAUCCGCAGGAACCCAAUGAGAAUGACGAGGAGCUGGAACCAAUCCCUGAAGGCGACGAAGACGCCGACGGUGAUGGCGAUGAACCUUUAGAUGUCAAUGCCUUAGCCGAUCUUGCACAGGUCCUCACCGUCACCUCCAAGAAGCUUCAGGCUUCAGUGCUGGGAAGGAAGUUUACCAACAGAAAAUCGAUCGAAGAACGCAAGCGCACCAGCACGUGCAGUGCGUGUGGUCAGACCGGCCAUUGGGCUGGCGACGCUGCAUGUAGCGUUUCAGCACAGAAGCGCGACUCAGGUGGAAAAGGAUUUAAGAGCGGCAAUGGGGGUUCGUCUUCUUUUUCAUCUACAUCCUCACAUGCCCAGAAGAAUAUUAAGAAAGCCUAUGUCGUGGGCAUUCAGCACGACCAGCAUGAACAUGAACAUGAACAUGAUGAUGAGAUCACUCCGAGCCGUUCUACCACUUAUUUUUCUUUUACCACCGUUUCUGUUUUUGGCGCCGAUUCAACAUCCACUACAUGGGUAACGGAAACCAUUGACCUUGGGGGCUUCAUGGUGUUGGACACGGCAUGCCAACGUUCAUGUUGUGGUGAAGUUUGGUUGAAAACACACGACAAGAUCCUCAACACAUACCACCUCCAAGUCAAAAAGGUGGAUGCAACAGACCACUUUCAAUUCGGCUCAGGCAAGCCGAUCGCAGCUGCAGAGCGUGCCUAUUUCCCGGUCCAGAUGGAAGGCCAGGAGACCAAGGGAAUCGUUUUUGGUGCAAGUGUUUUACCAACAAACAUUCCGUUUUUGGCAAGCAGAACUCUCUUGGAACGUUUGGGUUGCAUCAUCGACAUGUUCACGAAGUGCAUCACGUUUUCCAAUUUGGGAGUGACAUUGCCUUUGACACAUAGACAUGGGCACCUUGCAGUUUGUAUUGUGAAGUUUUCAGAUGAAAUUGCACGUCAUCCAUGCUGGAAGCAACUCUCCAAUCCACAUCUUUGGCAAGAUCCUGAUCCUGAGCUUUUACAUGCACCUGGAGCUUUUAACAAAGGCUCAAUUCGUGACCUUCCCCCGCAAGCGCUGCUACCGGCUGAUGUUCCGGCAGACUGCGCCAGAAUGGCUGAAGCGAUGGGAGAUGAUGUUCAUCAUGGUGAUGACCCUGCGGCUCAAUGCUUUCAGGGCAAUGUCAAAGAUGGUGAAGUUCGGCCUGGCAAGCCGCCAAUGGCUGACAAUGUGGGAGCAUAUGGCCGAGGUGGAAGCACAAAGACGCGAAGUGAUGAGGCCGGUGACAUUGGCCAACCCGGCGACGUGCACUCACCCAGUGUGCCGCCGCUACGGGAACAUCCACGGCUCUUUCAGCCGAUGCAAACGGUGCGGCCAGAGGUUCAAAUGGGACCAAGACCAAGAAGGAUGGCAACUUCAUGGAGAGGCGCCAUCACAAGCUUCUUCGCACUUGCCACCGCCCUCAUCUUCCACAAUCCUGGCGAACCCUGGAACGAGCACGGGCAGGACUUCAAGAGCUUCGAGAACUACGACUUCGAAAGCCCGCGCCAAGCCCAAGGCGAAAGCAGUUCCAGUGGCCUACAUGCCAGCUUUGGACCCGGCGGAGGAUUGGCCAGAGACGUGGGACCCAGAAGCUUUCCCACCAGAGUCGGAUGGGGGCGAGGACGGGUUUCAACCGUUCGACAUCGCCAUGGACAUCCAGGACUUCACGUGAUGGAUGAUGAAGAAGAGAUUGAUUGGUGGGAGGUUGACAAAAACACAGUUUCAAGGAUCCACAACAUCCCACGCAAAAGACUCUUCAAUGUGAAUGACCUUUACCAGGGCGAUCCAUGUCCAGUGCAUGUGAGACGGCUGUGCACGGAAUGCACAGUUGAAAUGUUGUAUGAGGAUGGCAGGACACAGGUGAUGAACUAUGACUGGAACGUGUCCGGGGCAUCCAGCAUGAAACAACUCUGGAUUGGAAAGACCACUUUUCGUCUUCACCCACAGCCACAACAAGGUUUUUCGACCAACUUGGAACGGAAGAAUUUGCGACAUGCUGUGCGCCAAGCGGCUCACAUACUCCAAGUUGAACAUGAUGUGAUGAUGGCUGGCACUACAUCCACCUCACCUUUGACCUUGUUGAAGAGCAGGCCACGGGUGGAUUUGCUGGAGACCUUCGCAGGACGGGCUGGACUGACCUUGAGGGCAUCUCGCUUUGGCCUGAAAGCGCUUCAGCCCAUUGACAAUAACACCGGCUAUGACUUGGAGAAACUCACACACCAACAACAUGUGGAUUUUCUGCUUGACCGCUUCAAGCCUCUCUUCCUUGUGCAGGGCAUUGAAUGCAAAGAUUGGUGCCUACUUCAGGACAACACCAACUACGUGAGGCGCAAGAUCCUGCUGCUCAUGCGGAGAGAGAAGGCCAGAAAAGUUUUGCGGCGAGUUGUCCGCUGGUGUGUGAAACAAGCUGAAGAAGGCCGAUACUUUCUUUUGGAAAAUCCAGCAACAAGCCGCCUUUGGCUUGAACCAUUGGUGCUCAAACUCCUACGACUUCCUGGAGUUUACUUUGUGGUGUGCCAUUCAGGGGCCUAUGGUGGAACCAACUCAAAGGGUCAGAUGAUUAAGAAGAGCUUCAAGUUCCUUGGCAACUGUCCCCAUGUACUUGAGCGUUUGACCAGGAAACUUGAUCCAGAGCAACUUCAACAAUGCGUCCCUUUGGUUGGAAAAGAAACCACUCUUUCGCAGCAUUAUCCUGAUGACAUGAUCAAACAGAUUUUGCACGGCAUCAAGCGCACUGCUGAGCAAUUUGAUCCAGACCGGUUUCAAACCUCUUCUACCAUGCGUUUUCAGGUGAUGGCUGUGAAUACGACACCACAAGAUUGGAUGCCUGUUUUUGAGUCUGCUCAAAGGUCUUUUGAUAUGACACGUCAGAGAAGCUACGUGUUGCCAACCUCAGAUGUCACUUGGAGGAUGGUUCAACAACUUGUGCAAUGGCAUCGACUUGAACGAGUGCAGAUUGCCUUUCAACCUACGAUGCUGCGCUUGCCACUGCACAUCCCCCACACACAUCGUGGGUGGGCCCUUCUCUACAACGAUCAGACCGUGGAGGUUGUUGAAGAGGACCUGGCAGACAUCAGACAUCCACGUGCCAAGUUCAGGAAACCAGUGAACAUUGGCGUGUUUUUCUUUGGCUAUGCGGCAGCCGACAGAAAACCUGAGUCAGCACAACCUGAGAUGCAACAUCCACCGCGAGAACCAGUCGAAGACGAUCCACAAGUCAUUGUGGCUAGCAACACAACUGGGAUCUCCUUUCCAAAGAUGCCUGGCUUGUCGCAAGACAUCAAGACGGCCUUGUCGCGGCUACACCGCAACCUAGGCCACCCUCAUGCCAACGAGUUGAAGAAGAUGCUUGCGAUGAACGGCAUCAAGGAUCAGAAGAUCUAUGACGCCAUUGAAAGCCUCACAUGUGAAUCUUGCCUGCGUGUGAAAGGACCUGGUAGACCAGAACCUGCAGGUAUCCCUCAAGAUGUUAGCUUGCAAUUUGGUGACGUUGUGCAGAUGGACCUCGUCUAUGUCAGGGACAUAACGUCCACCAACCACAUCUUCCUGGGCAUCAUAGAUGAAUGCACUCACCUUCAUAUGGCAUUGCUUUUGUCUGACCGUAGCCCAGAGGAGGUAACCUUCAAGUUCACAACACAUUGGGCAAGAUCGUUUGGCUAUCCACUCAAAAUCAAAGCUGACCCUGAUGGGAGUUUUCGAGGCUUCUUCGAGGAAUCCAUGGACCAAGCUGGAACCUUUUUGGACUAUGUGCCGGCUGAGAACCACUCCAGGAUAGGCCUAAUAGAGCGACACAAUUCAACACUGCGAGAAUUGAUGGAACGCACCAUCGACAGCAGAGCAGUCGUUGGACCAGAAGCCAUGGAGCUAGCUGCAGUUGCCGCUUGCUUUGCAAAGAACUCAUGCACAUGGUCUUCUGGCAGACCACCUUUUGUUGCGGCUUUCGGAAGGGUGCCUAGAAUGGGCAUGAAUCUCCUCUCAGACAAGCAUGGUUUGAUUGCUGGAAGAACCCGAGAACAAGCCCAACGAGAAGCUGACUACUUGCGUGCCGAAGCACAGCAGCAUUUGUCAGCUAUGAGUGUGGAUAGCAACCUUCGACGUGCCUUGCUGCGCAAGUCAACUCCAAAUGAUCCUCAAGAACUACCAGUGGGCUCCAUUGCUGCCUACUGGCGAUGGACAGCCAAGUCAGGCAAGAAGCGAGGAGGAUUCAAGUUGGCUCGCGUUUUGGGCCGUGAUCCCGACAACAAAAGCAUGUGGUUGCAAGCAGGCACAAACACCGUGAAGGUGUCACCUCAUCAAGUACGACCAGCACUUGGAUUUGAGCACUGGAAUCCUUCAUAUCAGGACAUCAAAGCUCUUAGGACAGCCGCUGACAACCUUCAGCAUGGAGUUUUUCAAGAUGAACAACUUCCACAGCCACCUGAAGGACAAGAGCUACCUGGCUUUGAUGAAGUUCAACCUCAAGUACAAGUGCCACCACCACUUGGUGUAGGAGAUGACGAACCUGAAGCACCUGGGGUCGAGCUUAUUCCAGUGAACAAACUUCAGUGCGACAGUCACAUGCUGAACCUCUUUCAGAGCAACAACCAGGCUCCAUCAACACCGGAAGCCUUGAAGUUGACACCAGCCAAAAGAACCUUUCAAGAAGCUGCAGCCGAGGGGCCUUUUGAUGUUUCAAUUUUACAAUCCACUCAAGAUGAGAGGGUUUCGAAUUCAUUUGCAAAAGACCACUGCAUUGACUUUGACAUCAACGAUGUCGACGGCAUCACACGCAUGACUGAUGGAUUUGAUGGAUCUCCUGAGGUCCAUAUGCCAUAUGCCAGCAAGACCUUCAUGGCAGCUUACCGCAAGGACACCAACUAUACUGGCAAUGGCGACAGUGAUGAAUCAGAUGCCGAGUUUGAGGAUCUCCGUGGACCGCAAGAUGCCAUUCCACCUACCUUGACUUGGCAGGAGAAGAAAGCUUUGGACAAAGAGAUACCUUGGCAGACCAUUCUCAACAUGGACGACAAGACCAUCCAGGCCUAUGUCGAUGCUGCCAAAGCCGAAGAAGUUUCAUGGAUGCAGUUCAACUCUGUGAGACCUGUCCCUCGAGAAGAAGCACGCCGCAUCCUCAACGACAAGGUGAUGCGCAAGCGCGUUUUGAGAUCGCGCGCAGCUUUCAGAGACAAGUCAAGAGGAGUUGGACCUUUGAAACCAAAAUGCCGAAUUGUUGCUGUGGGGUGCACAGAUCCAGACCUAUGGACGCUGCAGAGGGAGAGCGCCACACCCACAAGACAGUCUGAAUUUUUGGUUUUUGCAAUCUUCAUCGCUGGCAGAAACGGCAAGAUGAUGGGCAAUCCGAUAGCAUGCUGGACUUUGUGGGCAGGCGAUGUGAAGACAGCCUUCCUUCAGGGCGAACCAGAACAGCGUAGCAUGCCCUUGUUUCUCUUACCACCGACAGAUGGCGUUUGCAAACAGGCGAAGAUCUUUGAGAACGCCACGCUUUUGGAGGUGGUGGGAAAUAUUUAUGGAUUGGCCUCAGCACCGAGGACAUGGCAACUUCACGUCGUCAAGAUCCUCAAGAGGAUUGGAUACCAGCAAUCCAGUCUUGACAAGAUGCUCUUCUACUAUUACCAGAAGUUUGACGGCGAGAGCCAACCAACACUAUGCGCCGUUGUGGUCGUCUAUGUCGAUGACUUUCUCAUGGCACAUGACACCCGCUAUGACAGAAGCCACUUGCUCAGCCAGUUCAAGUGGGGCAGCCAGAAUGAGCUUUCGCUGGAGAGCCACUUAGACUUCAAGGGCAAGAAGAUCUCCUUGAAGUAUGACAGCUCCUCCAACGAGUAUCAGCUCAAGCUCGACCAGGAGAAGUUCAUAUCUGAGAUGAAAGGCGGAACUGUUUCUAAAAAGAUGUUUAAAGAAACCCUGAGCACCGCCGACCUGGGAGAGUUCCGUAGCGUUUCUGGGUGCUUGCAAUGGUUGGCCGGUCAGACUCGACCAGAUGUUGCUGCCAUCGUUAGCUUGUGCAGCAGGGGUGCCAAGUCGACCUAUGAGGAUUUGCACAACAUGUACAUGGCCGUGGAACAUUUGCACCAGACCAAGACCGACGGCUUGAUCCUGCGACCUGUGCCCAUCGAUUACUCCACCAUGGUAGUUAGCUAUGCAGACUCAAGCUGGGCGAACUCAGUCGGCUUUGCAAGCCAACAUGGUGCACUGAUCAUGCUGGCGAGCCCGAAGGCGACAGACGUGAUUGAAGCAGGACUUUUGGUAGACUGGAAAUCAUCACGUUCAACAAGAGUGUGCAGAUCAACGCUGGCAGCGGAAGCUUCGGCAGCUGACAUGAGCGUCGACCGCUCAAGCUUGGUGAACUAUAUGCUGAGCGAGCUCUUACUGAACCGGCCGGCGUUUCACAUUGCCAGUUGUGAUUUACUCCGAAUGGUUCAGGCAACAGACUGCCGUUCGCUGUAUGACGUUUUGGUCAGUGAAAAUCCUCGAACAGAGGAUAAACGCACAAUAGUCACCAUUAGGCUGAUGCUGAGCACAAUUGUGGAUGGCAUUUUCUUGAUCGACGUCGUUCUGCAGUUCAUCACCAUGUACCCACGGCCCACCCAGAGUGGUGUGGUUUGGGAGCAGAAGGCGCAAAGCGACCCGUCCCAGAACAUGAAGGUUAAGACCUGGUUUGCCCUUGAUGCCAUCACUUUGAUCCCCUUCGACAUCAUUGAGCUGGCCUUGAACGCACAAGAAGUAGCGGUGGGUGAUUUUAAAGCCACCAAAAUCUUCAGGACCUUGAGGCUCCUGAAGCUCAUGCGAAUUUUGAAGACUUCCCGAUGGCUCCACCGAGUGGAGAUUACCAUCUCCCUUCCCUAUCAGCAGUUCGCCCUCUUCCGAUUCCUCUGCAUUUUGCUUCUAGUGUGCCAUUGGUUGGCCUGUAUUUGGGCCAUGACUUUGCAACUCGCAGAGGCGGACAAGCCUCGAUGGAUCGAUGAUAUCCAGGAGAUCGACAAUGCCUGGAACAUCAAAACGGUUGAGUCACCUCUUCGCACCUACGUCAGCUCGUUGUACUUUUGUACCUAUACCAUGACCUCAGUGGGAUAUGGAGAUAUAGGGCCAAAGAACAUUUUGGAACGGGUCGCUUGCACCUUGAUUGUUUUGACCGCGGGAUUGUGUUGGGCCUAUGUUCUUGGCGAAGUCUGCGCCAUCGUGAGUGACAUGAACGCAGAAACUCAGCACUUUAGAAAGAAGAUGACGGAGCUAAACCGCAUGAUGAAGGAGCAGAACUUGCCUUAUGCAUUGCGCUGCCGUAUGCGCAGCUUCUUUUUGCAGAACCGCUACCAGGCCCUCUACGUCACACGGCAAAAGCUCCGUGAGUGCAUGAGUCCGCAGUUGCAAUCAGAGAUUUGCAUCGCUGUGAAUGCGCCAUGGAUCCAGAAAGUCUCCUUUUUCAGUACCUUCAUGAGCAUUGUAGAAGCAUCUGAGACCAAUGGUGAAGACGUGGACGCGCACAGGGCCUGCAUUGCAGACGUCUCCCAAGCCCUGCUCUGCGGCGCCUUCGCACAGGGCGAACGCUUCGACAACGUGCAGGUGCUGUACAUCGUGUCGAAAGGCAUCGUUGCCUUGAACAGCCGUGUGGGAACCAACGGCGCGGUCUGGGGCGAAGAUUUCGUCCUCUCCGACACGGAGCUGAUUCGCCCCAUCAAAGGCUGUGCUUUGACUUAUCUCGAAGUCCUCUAUUUGACUCGGGAAGUCUUCAUGAAAGUCAUUCAGAGGACCUGCCCAUUGCUGGGGCAGAUCGUGCGCAAGUUCUGCAUCCGCCUGGCGGUGCGUCGGGCCUUUGUGGCCGAGGCUCAUCGCCGUGCAGGCCUGGACGACGCGCCCAAGCGCCAAGGUGCGUCGUCCGUGGUCACUGAACCGACACACCUGGCGGUAAAAUGGGGGAUUUUCAUGGAUUUUCAGGAAGUUUCCGGGAAGAUAGCGGUAUAA